GAUGCUGCUGGAAGUUGAGCUGGACGAACUGGAUGUCGAUGUGGCGGUUUGGCUGGUACUUGAAACUGAAAUCGUCGUGCUGGAAGUGAAGGAUGUGCUUUUGCUGGUGGUCGAGGUCGCAGUGAGGGACUUGCUCGUGCUGGAAGUGAAGCUGGAAGUCGAUGAACGGGACGAAGUAGAGGAAGUUGUCACUGACGUCUUGCUGCUGGAGGUGCUGGUCUGGCUUGUGGCAGUCGAAGUUGUGCUGGCGGUGGUUGUGGAAGUGCUUGAAGUUGCCGUUGACGUCUUUGAUGUUGAAGUGCUGGUGGUUGCUGUCGCAGAUGUAGUUGCGGAGGUGGAGGUAGUAACGGUCGCACUGCUGCUUGAUGUAGUGCUUGAUGUUCCCGAAGUGGUUGUCGAAGUGACAGUGCUGCUUACUGUUUUCGUGCUAGAUGAUGUCAUGGAAACAGUAGUGGAUCUAGAUGUUGUGGUUAAGGUGCCAGAAGUACUUGUGGAAGUCAAGCUGGUUGACCUUGUCGUGCUGCUUGCGGUUGUUGUGCCGGUUGACGUUGUGGACCUUGUAGUACUUGUCGUAGAUGUCGUGCUAGAUGUCGUGGUGCUCGACGUGGCAGUAGACGUGCCCGAUGUACUCGUGGAUGUAGAUGUUCUGCUUGCAGUUGUCGUGCCUGUUGACGUUGUGGACCUUGUAGCACUUGUCGUAGAUGUCGUGCUAGAUGCCGUGGUGCUCGACGUGGCAGUAGACGUGCCCGAAGUACUCGUGGAUGUAGAUGUUCUGCUUGACGUUGUCGUGCCUGUUGACGUUGUGGACCUUGUAGCACUUGUCGUAGAUGUCGUGCUAGAUGCCGUGGUGCUGGAUGUGGCAGUAGACGUGCCCGAUGUACUCGUGGAUGUAGAUGUUCUGCUGGCAGUUGUCGUGCCUGUUGACGUAGUGGAACUUGCAGUCAUGCUCGUCAUAGUAAUCGAUGUGCCCGAAAUGCUCGUGGACGUGAAUGUCGAUACUGUGGAGGUCACAGAGAAAGUGGUGCUUCGCGUGGAUGUUGAGCUGGAGGAUUUAGAGAUGGAGGUCGAAGUCGAGGUGACCGAAGCAGUUGUGGAUGUCGUUCUGCUCAACGUUGUCGUUGUGCUGGCAGUUGUGGAGAAAGACGUGGUGGUACUCAGUGUGGUGGUGGAAGUAUGUGUUGCAGUUGUAAUGGUCGAGCUUGUGGUGCUGCUGAUAGUUGUGCUGCCUGUUGAUGUCGUCGACCGUGUGGUACUUCCCGUAGAUGUUGUUGUAAACGUCGUGGUGCUCGAUGUGGCAGUGGACGUGCCCGAAGUACUCGUGGAUGUCGAUGUUCUGCUUGCAGUUGUCGUGCCUGUUGACGUAGUGGAACUUGCAGUCAUGCUCGUCAUAGUAGUCGACGUGAAUGUCGAUGAUGUGGAGGUCACGGAGAUAGUGGUACUUCGUGUGGAUGUUGAGCUGGAGGAUUUAGAGAUGGAGGUCGAAGUCGAGGUGACCGAAGCAGUUGUGGAUGUCGUUCUGCUCGUUGCCGUCGUGCUGGCGCUAGUGCUUGAUGUGAUUGUGGAUGUGACGGAAGUACUCGUAGAAAUGGACGAUGUCGAGCUCGUUGUGCUGCUGGUGGAGGUUCCGCUAGAUGUCGGGGACGUUGAUGUCAUUGUCAUAGUGAACGAUCCCGUAGUGGUGCUGCUGACAGUUAAUGUUGUGGAGGUCGCAGUGUUUGAAGCGGUGCUCGAAGUGCUUGCAGUAGUUGUGAAUGUUGCUGUGGUGCUUGUCAUUGUUGCGCUGAGCGACGUCGUGGAGGUGAUGCUGGUCCUUGAUGUCGUGGCGGACGUUGUCGUGGCGCUUGUUGUGACCGUGAACGUGACCAACGUACUCGUGGAAGUUAGUGUUGUUCCACUUGUGGUGCUGCUGACAGUUAAUGUUGUGGAAGUCGCAGUGUUUGAAGCGGUGCUCGAAGUGCUUGCAGUAGUUGUGAAUGUUGCUGUGGUGCUUGUCAUUGUUGCGCUGAGCGACGUCGUGGAGGUGAUGCUGGUCCUUGAUGUCGUGGCCGACGUUGUCGUGGCGCUUGUUGUGACAGUGAACGUGACCAACGUACUCGUGGAAGUUAGAGUUGUUCCACUUGUAGAGCUGCUAACCGUUGCUGUUGUGGUAGUCGCCGUGUUCGAGGCAGUGGUAGAGGUACUCCUGGUGCUUGUGGACGUUGCUGUUGUGCUGAGCGAGGUGGUAGAGGUAGUGCUGGUCCUUGACGUCGUGGCCGACGAAGUCGUGGAGGAUGAUGUGAUAGUGAACGUGACUAUAGUGCUCGUUGAAGUAAAGGUUGUUGCACUCGUGGUGCUGCUCAUUGUUGCUGUUGUGGACGUCGCCGUGCUGGAUGCGGUGCUAGAGGUGCUUGCAGUGCUUGUGGAUGUUGCCGUAAGACUUGUGACUGUUGUGCUCAGCGACGUAGUCGAGGUCGCUGUGGCGCUCAGGGUAGUGGUGGAGGUGCCUGAAGUACUUGAGGAAGUAUCGGUGCUUGAGCUUGUGCUGCUACCCGUGGAUGUCAUGCUAGAAGUUGAGGUUGCUGAAGCGGUGGUGGAAGUGCUCCAAGACGUUGUGGAUGUAGUGCUUGCGCUGGUGCUAGCCGUAGUCGAUGUAGCGGUAGUCGUGGCCGAGGUACUCGUGGUCGUCAUAGUAGUGGAUGUGCCCGAAGUGCUCGUGAACGUGAAUGUCGAUAAUGUGGAGGUCACGGAGAUGGUGGUACUUCGCGUGGAUGUUGAGCUGGAGGAUUUAGAGAUUGAGGUCGAAGUCGAGGUGACCGAAGCAGUUGUGGAUGUCGUUCUGCUCAACGUUGUCGUUGUGCUGGCAGUUGUGGAGAAAGACGUGGUGGUACUCAGUGUGGUGGUGGAUGUGGACGAAGUAUGUGUUGCAGUUGUAAUGGUCGAGCUUGUGGUGCUGCUGAUAGUUGUGCUGCCUGUUGAUGUCGUCGACAGUGUGGUACUUCCCGUAGAUGUUGUUGUAAGCGUCGUGGUGAUCGAUGUGGCAGUGGACGUGCCCGAAGUACUCGUGGAUGUAGAUGUUCUGCUUGCCGUUGUCGUGCCUGUUGACGUUGUGGACCUUGUGGCACUUGUCGUAGAUGCCGUGCUAGAUGCCGUGGUGCUCGACGUGGCAGUAGACGUGCCCGAUGUACUCGUGGAUGUAGAUGUUCUGCUUGCAGUUGUCGUGCCUGUUGACGUUGUGGACCUUGUAGCACUUGUCGUAGAUGUCGUGCUAGAUGCCGUGGUGCUCGACGUGGCAGUAGACGUGCCCGAAGUACUCGUGGAUGUAGAUGUUCUGCUUGCCGUUGUCGUGCCUGUUGAUGUUGUGGACCUUGUAGCACUUGUCGUAGAUGUCGUGCUAGAUGCCGUGGUGCUCGACGUGGCAGUAGACGUGCCCGAAGUACUCGUGGAAGUUCUUGUGCUCCUUGUCGUCGUUGUGCUGAGCGACGUAGUUGAGGUCGCUGUGCCACUCGAAGUAAUCGUUGAGGUGCCUGAUGUACUCGUGGAAGUAUCCGUGGUUGAACUUGUGCUGCUUCUUGUGGUUGUUGCGCUUGAACUUGAGGUUUUUGAAGUGGUGGUGGGGGUGCCUGAGGAGCUUGUGGAUGUAGUCAUCGUGCCUGAUGUCGAAGUAUGCGUUUCCGAGGUACUUGUGGAAGUUGUGAUAGUUGAGCUUGUGGUGAUACUCGUCGUUGCCGUGCCGGUGGUAGAAGUGGACGUUGUCGUGCUUCUCGUGGACGUUGUGCUAGAAGUUGCACUGCUCGAAGAGGUGCUGCUCGUGGUUGCUGUGGAAGACGUGGUGGUGGAUGUGAUCGAAGUACUUGUGGAAGUUACGGUUGCUGAGCUCGUGCUGCUACUCGUCGCAGUCGUGCUAGAGCUUCUGGUUGCAGAACUGCUUGAUGUUGUGGAAGAGACCGAGGUGCUUGUGGUCCGGCUGCUGGACGCACUCGUUGUGGAGGUCGAUGUCCUGCAGUUAACUUAA